UAAUUUAUCUGUUCCACUUUUUACCAGCCUAAUUUCAUUUCAACUGUCUCCACCAGUGAUUUAGUUGGCGAAAAAGGUUUACUUUAAGGUCUUCAUUCUCGAAAAAGUGGUGCAUUUAGUUUGUGAAAUAAGUUUCUUGAAAUUGAGCGACAGAAUAUCUGCAAUUACGAAUCGUGCAGUAUUUUAACUUAAUAAGAUCUCCUGAAAAAUGGCGUCCUUAGGAAUGACGCUCAUUCCAGCACUAGGUCUAAGUUAUCAGUGUCCCGUGCAGUCGUCCCCGUUUUCCUUCGGAGGAGGUUUGUCCACGGGGGCGAUGGCAAUUUUGGCCAGUUCCAUGUCCGCACCCACCAGCGUCCAAGGUAUGAUUGACAAUAUUUCAGUGGCACCUUCCACCUCCUGGUAUUUUGCCCUUACACCGUUCGAAUCCAUUAUGCUGGGCAUUAUAGUAUUAAAGUUAUUUUUACUCCGUUACUUGACGAUACUGCCCAUAAAUUUCAAUGAUCUUUCGAAUAAGGACUAUUUCAAAUUGACAAAUCAGAAAAGGAGAAGAAGGGAAUUGGACAAUCCAAAAAUCGUUAAAGAGAAACAACGACUAGCCGAAACAAUGUUUACUGUCGUACGACGUCUGGACAUGCAGGACUGUUUGCUUCGAACCCUGUGCGAACUUCAAGCCCACUCUCUCAGAGGAUAUCAAAUUCCACGCGAAGUCAAAUUGACUUUGUCUGCAUUGAGCAAGUCGGGAUGGAGGCGAGAGCAUGAAAAGAAGGAAGAGUUGAGCAAAGAUGUGAUUGAAGACAGACCAAUAUUGUCCGUCUUUGAAGAGGCUGUUAAGAUUGGUUGGGAAGCAAAGAGUGCAAAUUUGACCGAGUGUAUGGAGAGGUACUUUAUUUGUCCUCUGAAAACGAAUGACAUUUUUGCGCAUUUCGAUGCGGUUAAAGUUAUUAAUGUACUGUAACCUAUUUUUGUGUCUUAAAUAAACUAUAGAUUAAAAUGUUGA